GAUCAAAGUAUUUUGAUAUAAAAGACUAGUUUUGGAUUCAUUUGGCAACAAACUAACAGAUCUACUCUUACUGAACAGUUCCUCUUUUGGAUAUUCUCUAUCCUGUGCAAUUUAAGUGUUGAUAUAAUGAAAGCUUUUAAAAUCGUGUUGGUGUGUGUUUGGAUCGCCUAUGCGUCCGCUGAUGGCUCGUCAUCAGGUUCAGAGGGUUAUGGCUCUGGUGGAUACGCAUCGAACGGAGGAUACGCUUCGAACGGCGGAGACCACGAAGGCAAUAAUGAUAAUGGAUAUGCAGCAUCAGGCGCUUACGGCGCUGGUUAUGGUCACCAACAAGCUCAAGGACAUGACUUUGGUGGAAGUGCUGGAGGUUAUGGUCAGCAACAGGCACAAGGACAUGACUUUGGUGGAAGUGCUGGAGGUUAUGGUCAUCAGCAAGCUCAAGUACACAAUUUUGGUGGUAGCGCUGGAGGUCAAUUCGGUAGUUCAGGGCAUGGUUUUGGUGGCGGUGAUCAAGGAUACGCCAGUAGCGGACAUGGUCAAGAGGAAGAAGGUCAUGGAUUCGGAGGUGGAUUCGGUGGUGGAUUCGGCGGUGGAUUCGGUGGCGGCUAUGGCGGUGGCUAUGGAGGAUUCGGUGGAGACCAACAAAGUCACGGAGGAUUCCAUCCAAUUGCCGGCCAUGGACAUCUUGAUAUUAGCACUGUCGAUCUUACACACAACAGUUUAGAUGGACAUGAUGGUAACGGCUUAAGCGGAGGCUAUGGAGGAGGAUAUGGGGAGACUGGAUCUGAUUCUCACGAACACGCCAUCCAUACUCAUGAACAUGCCAUACCUGUCAGCAAACACAUCGAAAUCACAAAACACGUUCCAUAUCCAGUUUACAAAAAAGUGCAUGUACCAAUUUCCAAACCAUUUGACGUUAAAUUACCUCACCCAGUUUUAGUCCCAGUUCCACACCCAUACCCAAUUCACAUUCCAGUUUCUCAACCCGUUGCCGUUCCCACCGUAAAAGAAAUUACCAUUCCAAUUGAAAAAAUUGUCCCAUAUCCCGUUGAGAAAAAAGUACCUUACACCGUUGAGAAGCACGUUCCAUACCCAGUCGAAAAGUACAUUCGUGUUCAUGUUCCCCAUCCUUACCCAGUCAAGGUGCCAGUCAUCAAAACCGUUUUCCACAAAGUCAAAUCUCAUGGCCAUGGAGGACAUGGCCAUGGAUGGCAUUAGAUGCUUCAAAUUUUGUUUUUAUUUGUUUUUGAAAGCCGAGUCAUAGUUCCUAUAGCAUAAAAUUGUUUAAAUUUCAAAUUUAGCUCCAAAUUUUCGAUAUUUAAACACGAUAUUGUGCUAAUUGACAUUUUUAUUGGCUCAUUAACGCUUUCAGCCAUAAAUCAUUAUUUCCAUUCGACACGCAAGACCAUCAUUAAGCUUUCUUUGUAUAUAUAAGAGAUGAACUGUUAGGAGUUAGGAUAUUUGCUUUGUUGUUAUUAUAAUCUUCUGUUUUUAUUUCUUUCUUUUUUUGUUAUUAUUUUUUGUUGCUAGUUUUUUAAAAUAAAGAAAA